GGUCCAUAUAAAAGCAACGAGCAGCUUCAUCUAACCAGUGUGUAAUACGGAUGAAGCACGAUGAUUAAGCUACUCCUUAUUUCCUUACUUUGCGUGGCGGUGUUCUUAUCAGGGCAAGCUAAAGCUGAAGCGAAUGGUGAGUACGGUGAGUACGGUGGGUACGGUGGGUACGGAGCUGGAGGGUAUGCUGGAAUGGGAUUUAAUUUUGGAGUAGAAGGAGGUGUACAAGGAGAUGCAGGUGGACGUGGAAAAAGAAGUGUUUCUCAAUUAGUGACACAUGCACAAAUCAGAGGACAACAAAUGCCACUUGCUGCACAAAACGCGCUUCGAAGUGCAUCACCUCCUCAAGGAAGAGGACCUCCAGAGGGACAUCCAAGGGGACCUCCAGAGUCAUCAUCACUAUAUGGACAAGGGCAGUAGCUUCUAUUUUAGAAGCGCAUUAUGUGGAUUUGGACCAUUGCAAGUAGAUGAAGGUGAUUAGAUUGUACUCAGCACUAUGGCACAUUUUAUUAGAAUAAUUGCACGAUCAAGAAGAACCCCGAUGAUUAGUGAAUAAUAAAAUUGUGCACUGCAGGAAGA